AUGCUCGACAAACUCGUAGGCCUCGCCAUGCUCGUGGCUGCCACCUUCGUCUUCCUCUACUACACCAUUUGGACGUUGUUGAUGCCCUUCGUCGACUCGGACCACCCCCUCCAAAACGUCUUCCCCGCUCGCGAAUGGGCCAUCCGCAUCCCCGUGAUCCUCAUCAUCCUGGGCGCCACCGUCAUCGGCACGUUUUUUGAGCAUGGUGAUGAUCAAGAGCAACAGGAAGAAGGCAGCCAAGGCUAA